AUGAGUAGGGAAACAAGUGAUAUUUGGCAUAAUUUUAAGACAGUUAGUAGUGAAACAGCUAAAUGUUAUUACUGUUCGGUUUCUUAUUCUUUUAGAGGUGGUUCAACCGCGAAUCUCAGUAGGCAUUUGAAAAGAAAACAUAUUAUUCAAUAUGAGGUUAGGAAAAAUGUUCACACUGAAAUAACUCACGAUUUAGAUCUGGAGGAUAAUAUUGAUGAGCCUAAUCCAAUUUCCGUCCAGCAAAAUACUGAAACACAAAAUCAACCGUCGACAUCUUCAUCUCUGACAUCUAAAAUAACAAAUACUCCUCUUAAAACUUCUCAAUCUCAAACACUGAUCGACUCAUUUAUACCAAGACCACUACCUAUGAAUAAAUCGCAAAAAAUUGACGAGCAGUGA